CAAUCAAACACAGUCCUCUCUGUAAGAGUAGAGAACGUAUGGAGGAUCUCCACAUUCAUCAAGACAUUUUGGUCACGAUGACAUCUUUGAAGUUGGCUUUAUAUCUGACUUGUCUUUGCUUGUGGAGAAUAGCUCUGACAACUGAUGUUAAAUUGUCCACAUCUGUGCGUCAAGAGAAUGGUUUUAUAUCAGCUAAUGUUGGCGACAACGUGACAUUACGAUGUUUCUUUCAAAGUGACGAAGCAGCAGUGUUUUCCUGGUACAAACAAACUCUGGGACAGAAACCAAGGAUUGUUUCUAACUACUAUGAACACGAUAAAAAGGGCUCCUUUUCAGAUGAAUUCAAGAACAAUCCACGCUUCACACUGGAAACUAAAAAGGGUAAAAAUCACUUGACAAUCUCAAAUUUGCAAACUUCAGAAUCAGCUACUUAUUACUGUGUAGUAAGUUGCUAUGCAUACAAGUUUGAAUUUGCAGAGGGUGUUACUGUCAGUGUAAAGGGUUCAGGUUUGAAGAUCCCAGCUUUGGUCCAUCAGUCAACAUCUGAGAGCAUCCAGCCAGGAGGCUCUGUGACUCUGAACUGUACAGUACACACUGGGACCUGUGAUGGAGAACACAGUGUUUACUGGUUCAAAACCUCUGAAGAAUCUCAUCCAGGACUCAUUUACACCCAUGGAGGCAGUAAUGAUCAGUGUGAGAGGGAACCCAACACACAAACACACACCUGUGUCUACAACUUGCCAAUGCAGAGCCUGGAUCUUUCUCAUGCUGGGACCUACUACUGUGCUGUUGCCUCAUGUGGACACAUACUGUUUGGAAAUAGGACCAAGCUGGAUUUUGAAGAAGAACCGUCCAACACCCUUGUUUUUUUCUUGAGUGGUACUUCAGCAUUCACCACCAUCCUGACUGUUUUGCUGGCUUUCUCAAUGUGCAUGAUGGACAACAGAAACAGCUGCCAUUGUACAGGUAACUGGUACUGUUCACAUCUAUACUGUGUAUUUAGUGAAAAUGACAUUAUUGUAAAGCUUUCAUUUUGCCUUUCAGAGUCUCGAGCAAGAUUUUCAGCUCCCUUCUUAACCAAUGUAGAGGGUUACCAAGGUGCAGACAAAGAGAACAAGGUCAACAGACGAGGAGGGCAGAGAGACGACACCUGGAGUGAAUGUGUGUACUUCACUGUAAAGUAGUAGAGUCGGACAUGUUUCUCCUUGUCUCUAUGUGAUACAACAUGAUUCAUACUGAUUCAUUUUAAAGUGUAAUUUGGCUUUUGUAAACAUGAUUUCAGCUAAAUAUGAUGGCUGUAAAAUAAAGCACUGCUUUCUAAUAAACUAAUUAAACAAGCUUUUACAAAGACAA